AUGAAAUGGAAGGUAGUAAUUUUUACCAGUGACCAGCCAUCUUCAGGAACGAGCUCGCAAGUUUAUAUUACUUUAUAUGGGGAGCAAGGCAAUUCAGGAGCUGUCUUUCUAUAUGGGGAAGAGAAAAAAGUCUUUGAAAGAGGAAGCAAAGAUACUUUCAUGAUUCACACGGAAGAUUUGGGAGAGCUAUACAAAAUACGGAUAGGACAUAAUAAUUCUGGAGAAACCCCUGCCUGGCACUGCAAAGAGCUGCAAUUGCAGAAUAUUGUUACAGGGGAAAAAUAUGAUUUCUCUGUUGAAAAGUGGCUGACGCAAGCUCAAGAUGAAGGUAAAAUCAGUCAGGAACUUCCUGUUUUGCAUCAGGGAUACCCCGUUCUUCCAGUGGCAAUGUACAAGGUGCAUGUAGUAACUGGUGAUCUCUGGAAUGCUGGGACAGAAGCUGAUGUUUACAUAGCAAUCAAUGGAGAAAAAGGUGACACAGGGUGCCGACAGCUGCAUAGGUCAAUGAAGUCUCAACAACACAUGAAAGGACAAACUGAUACAUUCUCACUUGAAGCUGUGCACCUUGGACAUUUAUAUAAAAUUGUUAUAGGACACAAUGGACUUGGCUCAGGAAAUGGUUGGUUUCUGGAGAAAAUUGUUGUCCAGGAUCCUAUCACAAACUCAGAUUAUAUCUUUCUAUGUUACAGAUGGCUAGAUCAAGGAGAAGAUGAUGGCAAAAUUGUCAGAGAACUUUAUGUCAUUGAUAAUUACACCAUUGCAAUGAAACAAGAACUAGAAAUCAAGAGAAAGAACAUGUGGGCAGCUGAGAAAUGGAAAUUUCAGAAAGGCAAUAUACUUCAGCUUUACAACAAGAUGACCCAUGGUUUUAUACGUCUUAGACGAGACGGAGUGGUAGAUGCCGUUGGUGACAAAAAAGACAAAUAUGGUCUUUUUGAAGUGGCGGCGAAGAAAGGGAGCCUCUGUGUUCUUCGAAGUCAUCCAAACCCACAGCUGGCACUUGCACUUGCUCAUGGCUCAGUCACAGGGAUGAACUAUGGGGAUAACCAUUGUGAACUGCAAGUUCAUGUUCAGCCUAAUCAUUGCACCAUUCUGGAAUCAUCCCAGAAACCAGGCCAAAUGAUUUCUUUCAAUUUCCAAGGCACAGUAGCUGAUGAUAACACAGGCUAUGCAGGACUCACCAAGGAGUUUGUGGUCCACGUAAAGGGUAUAUUCCACAACAGUGCUAUAAUUUUGCUUGCUACAAGCUACUGCCAGUUUCUCUGCCUAAGAUCUGAUGGGAGCUGCAGCGGAGCCGGAAAUCAGGCUGAUGACUCUUCCUGGAAAGUUCAUAAAAUCAGCUCUGGGAUUUGUAUGUUUGAAAAUGUGAAACACCCAAGAAUGUAUCUAAGGAUCAAGGAUGGCCAGUGUAAUGGAACGGGCAUAGGAGAUGUGGAUUGUCAUUUCAAAGUUCAAAAAAAUUUAGAAACUGUGUCUGUAAGUCUUGAAUCGGCACAGAACAGAGGAAUAUAUGUUGGCCUUCUGCCUAAUGGUGAGACCAAACCACUUGUCGAUACUGGAGAAAGCAACGUUUUGUUUUACCCACAAGUUGUCAAAUGCAGCACGUGUAUUUGUGUUUUUGGGGGCAAGCAAAAGGAAAUGAUGACGAUUCAAAAUGAAAAGUCCCCCUUUCCUUCAGAAGAUAAAUGGAAAGUAUUCAUACUGACAGGAAAUUCAGGAACUCAAGCAAAUGUCACUCUCUGGAUAUAUGGAGACAAAGGUUCUGUUGGACCUAUUAUUCUUGGCAAUGACAACAGAGAACAACUGUUUCUACCUAGAACUGAAGAUGCAUUUCAGGUUGAAAUGAAAGAUAUUGGUAACAUUUACAAAAUCAGAAUAGGCCACGAUGGAUCAAGUCAAUAUGCAGACUGGAUGUUGGAAAAGGUAACAUUACAACAUAUGAAGACUGGUAGAAUUUUGAAGUUUCCCACAAACAAGUGGCUAUCCUGGAAUGAAGGGAAUGGAAAUAGUGUGUGUGAACUUUCUGCUGCAGAAAAUGGAAGAAGCCUUUAUCCAAUUGUGAGUUAUCAGGUUUAUGUAUCUACUGGGCAUCUGGAACACGCUGAAACCACAUCUUCCAUUUAUCUGUGCGUAUAUGGAGAAAGAGGAGAUUCUGGUUUGAGACUUCUUGCUAAAUCAGACCAACCUAUAAAAUUUCAGAGAGGAAUGAUUGACAUGUUUGAAAUACAAGCUGUGUCACUUGGACAUCUACAAAAAGUGCUGCUGUGCUGCAAGAGUGAUAACCAGUUGCAGGACUGGUACUGUGAGAAAAUAGUCAUCAGAGAAUCUGGGAAAGAAAACAUUUUCAUCUGUCAAAGAUGGUUGCCAUAUAUGUCUCAAGGAAUAAUCCAUUCAGAAAUAGAGCUGUUUGUCCAGGAAAUGCAAAUAAAUCAUCAGUUGAAAAUGCAAGAGGAAGAAAAUGGAGAAGAUUGGAAAAUCACUAUAGUCACUGGAGGUUUUGAAACAGCUGGCACAACAGCAACUGUGUCCCUUUAUGUUUACGGAGAUAACAAGGCUUCAGGUCCUCUUAUACUGGGAUCUGGAAAACACCAGCUGUUUAAUCCCAACAGUACAGAUACAUUCCAGAUUAACCUAAAAAAUAUUGGAGAACCAUACAAAAUCCGAAUUGGCCAUGACAACAGUGGAACAAAUCCCAGUUGGUACCUGAAUGAAAUUAGAUUUCAAAAGAUGAAUUUGCCAUCUGAGCAAGAAAUAUGUUUUUCUGUCAACUGCUGGUUAUCUGAAGACCAAGGAGAUGGAGACACAUGGAGAGAAAUACCAAUUAGGAGGCCUAAAAAAGAACUUCUACCAUUGGUAGUCUAUGAAAUCAACGUGUACACAGGGACACAGCCAGGUGCCGAAACUAAUUCGAAUGUGUACAUCACUAUCUAUGGAAAUCAAGGAGAUUCUGGAAAACGGAAGCUUCAGAAGUCAAGCACUAAUAAAGUCACAUUUCAGUGUGGCCAGACCGAUGUCUUCUCUGUGACAGCUGUAUCACUUGGAGUUCUGCAUAAAAUUGUCAUUGGCCAUGAUGGAAUUGGUCCAGGUAGCGGAUGGUUCCUCCAAAAGAUUGUUAUCAGAUUUCAGGAGAAAGCAGUGAGUAAAGAAGAAGUAAUUGAAUUUCUUUGUAACAGAUGGUUAGAUGAGUACCAAGAAGAUGGGAAGACUGAAAGAGAGCUAAUUGCCAGAAAAAAUAGCAAUGCAUCAAUGGCAUUUCUUAGAGGACAGUGGAGAGUGAUGGUGAAAACAGAUCAUGAUUCUCCAGAGCCACGGACAUCUAAAAGAACCCUUGUAAUUUAUGGCUCAAAAGGCAAAAGUGAUGAUCUUCUCCUGUCUUCACAAAGUUUGGGAUAUGUGUGUUUCCAACCAGGAGCCACUGAUGAAUUCAUUAUUGAGUCUAAAGAUGUUGGAGAUGUUUACAAGAUUCGGCUCAACUGUGAUGAUUUGGUAGACUUUGAGAGCUGGCAUUUGAAGUCUUUGCAAAUGAAAGAGCUAUCUGGUAGACAAGAGGUGAACUUCGACUGCAACUGCUGGUUCUCCCAUAGCCAAGAAUGCAAAGAUAUGGUGAAGGAAUUUCCUGCAUUGAAUGAAAUCCAGAAUACUUUAUCAGUACAUAAAUAUAUAGUCUCUGUACACACUGGAGAUCUGUGGGGGUCAGAAACCUUUGCAAACAUUUAUAUAACAGUUUAUGGUGAACGAGGAGAUACAGGUGUACGGAAACUCCAAGAUUCCUUUAUUGAAGGAGAUAAAUUUCAAAGGAACAAGGUGGACUCCUUUUUAAUAGAAGCAGUCUCCUUGAGCCAUUUAAAAAAGAUAGUUGUAGGACAUGAUGGAGAAGGCUAUGGUGCUGGAAUAUACUUAAAAAUGGUAACCAUUAAGAAAUCAGAAACUUCUGACAAAGAAUGGGUGUUUCCAUGUUGGAACUGGCUAGACACUCAUAUGGGAAUCUGUGACACUGUUUGUGAGUUUAAAACCAUAGGUAAAAGAAGGAUCUCCUCUUCAAGAUAUUCUCCAAUUAAUCAGCAGAUAUCAGGUUUAUGGAUAAUGGAUAUCACCGGAUCCGACGUAAAUGCUGAAACUAAUCCAAUGCAUUUUACUUUCAACUUUUAUGGAGAUAAAGGUCAUAAAAAGUUGGCACUGCAACUUUUAGGAAAGACAACACAAAUCAAAGAUGAAUUGACAAAUGUUGGAUCACUUUUCAAGAUUCAGAUAUCCAGUGACCAGGCUCAACUAAAGGAGUCCUGGCAUAUGAACAUGUUGCAUAUGAAGCAUACAGAUACCAAACAAGAGAUGUGGUUAUAUUUUGAUUAUUGGUUUAAACCCAAUGAAGACACCUGUGUUGAACUCCCAGUAUUUUUUGCAGGCCAAGAUCCUUUGCUUGUUGUUGAGUAUUCUAUCCAAGUACAUACUGGAGACAGGAAGAAAGCUGGCGCCAGUGGCAAUGUUUAUUUUUGUAUUUGUGGAGAUAGAGGUGACUCAGGAAAACAAUGGCUUAAUAAUUCUAAAACAGGACCAAUCACUUUUGAUAGAGGACAGAUGGAUGUUUACCAAAUCAAAGCAGUGCAUCUUGGGAAGCUGAAUCAAGUCAUUGUGGGAUUCAAAGGUUUGAACAAAGAUGAUUGGUUUCUAGAGAAGAUAGUAAUAGAAGAAAGAAACUAUCCUUUUACUACAUAUACUUUUGUUCAUAAUAACUGGUUGCAUCAACAGUCAAAGAAAGAUUUUACAGAAGCUUCAAUCCCACUACAAGAAAUGACAGAAAAAUCUGGCCCCAUGAAAGGUUUUGAAGCAAAAAGCCAAGGACAAUGGAGACUGUGGAUAGACUUUGUCCAUGUUCCAGAAAAAAUGCCUGAAAUAAAAAUUCUUGCCUAUGGAACCAAUGGAGUAUCAUUUGCACAGAGAGUUCAACAUUUUAAAAAUGAACCCUUUCUGUUGAGUAUUGGUGAUAUUGGUCAAAUAACAAAGCUUUCCUUUCUGUCGUCCUGCUCAAAUUUGAAUAAAGGGAUCAAACUGCAUAAGGUAAGGAUGAAAGACUUGGAUACAAAAGAAGAAUUAGGCUUUCACCCUUUAAACCGAUGGCUUUUUGAAGAAGACGGGUCAGAAACUGUGACGGAACUAGCAGUAGUAAGACCAAAUGAAGCUCCUCUCAAAGAAAUUACUUAUUCAAUCAAUGUUUAUACAGGAACAUUACCUGCAUCUGAAACAGAUGCAAAUAUCUUUAUUACACUAUUGGGAAAGAAUGGAGACUCUUACAAAAGACAACUGAAGCAUCCAAAGUCAUGCCCACAGUUUGAAAAGGGUCAGAUAAGUACCUUUGCUAUCCAAGCAGUUGAUCUUGGGAUGUUAAGCUCAGUGUUGGUGGAACACAAUAACUCUGGUUAUGGAGCUGGAUGGUACCUUGAUCAAAUCUUGAUACAAGAAUUGGGGAAGAGCAAUAGUCAGUAUGUAUUCUCAUGCCAGCGAUGGUUGGACAGUGGUGUUGGUGAUGGAAAAAUGAAACAAGAACUGUGGCUUCUUGGAAAAACCAAUAAAGAAAGUCUGACAAAAGAUGUUCAUGGGAUUUGGGAUGUCACUGUUAUAGCUGGGGAAAUGUCAGAUAAUUACGGGAACUCUAAAUUAAUUCUGACAGUAUGUGAUGACAAAGGUACAUCAGCUGCAGUUUUCAUUCCCAAAGGAUCAUUUAAAAGGGCUAAAAUUUACCAGACAUCUUUGGAGCUAGAUAAGAAAUUUAAUAAGAUUUGCAAAAUUCGCUUGGAAGUAGAAGACUCAGACAGAGAAACAUGGCAUUGUCAUGAGGUGAAGCUUCAGAAUAAAAAGAAUAAGGAAACUUUAGAAAUACCUUGCUACCGAGAUUUUCCAGAUAAUAAAGGAUGCACAGUGGUUGAAUUUCCCAUUCUGAUAACUGGCACCAGGUUUUUAACAGGUUUGUUAUUUACCAAACAAUUAAAACAACUUCCACAAAAGCUUAUAAAGGACAUUUGCCUCCUAUGUGGAGUUGAAAAGUCACACAAAAAGGAAACAGGAAUGAAAGGAAUAUA